AUGCUGGACGCGGCGCUGGAGCGGCGGCAGGCGUCGCAGGCGCCGCCCGCGGCGGGGGUGCCGGCUCGCCUCGACGAGAUGCUCGGCCUCCUGGCGGCCGCCUACCGCGAGGUGGAGGCCUCCAGCGAUGCGCCCGUGAGGCUGGUGCAGGCGGAGCUGGAGCUCCUGCGCCUCCUGGCGCUGGCGCGCGACGCGAUGCUGGCCAUCCUGAGCAGCCACGACCCCGGGCGCGAGACCCUUCGCACGGCGUUCGGCGGGGGCUCGGCACGGAUCGCCCUGGUGCGGGCGGUGGUCCGCGAGGCCCCCUUCUCGCCCCCGAACGCCCGCGACCCGCGGCUGGCCUCGUGCCUCGCGGCCUGCGAGUCGGUGGAGGAGGUGCUCAAGGACGCGGAGGCGCUGGGCAGCCCGGUGGCCGCCCUCCGCGGCCUCACCACCCCCUGCCGAGUCGCCCGGGCAGACAGGCCUGCCGCGGUGGAGGCGGCCAUCGCCAGGCUCCUGACGGCGAGCCGCGAGGGCCCGGGCGGCCCGCCGUCGGAGCCCGACGCCCCGGAGGCCGCGGAGGUGGCGCUCCUGCGCACAUGCACCCCCCGCCCCUCGGAAGUCGCCGCCAACUCGCCGCCCGGGCACGGGGGAGCCGGGAGCCCUCCAGCUCCAGCAGCCGCCCGCGGAGCCGAGGUGCGGCCGCCUGCUGGCUGUGCCGGAGAGGGUGCGGAGGCGGGCUCCCCUCAGCCCGCCGCUGCUGCGGCAGAGGCCGAGGAGGAGCGCCAGAGGGCGCGCAGCGACGUUGGCGCUGCUGGGCGGGGCAGGGCGGCAGGUCCUGCCCAAGGGGCCGGCAGCGUGCAAUUGCCGCCGUCCUGGUUGCAGGUCUCCGCGCAGACCAGCAUGGCGCCAGGCGUGCCCUCUGCCACGCAAGCCACGCGAGGUCGCAGCAUGCAACUGCCCCUCGGCCGCGCUGUUGCCUGGUGGAGCCCUCGACCCUCAGACACGCCCGAGGUGGGGCCAGCGCGGAGCCUCUCGCCAGGCCAGCAUUCAGUGUGCCACGCGCAGAGGGGUUCGCCGCGCCCCCAGCGCCGCCUCGGGACCACUGCAAGCAGCGCGUCGCUGGUCAUGCUCGGGGGAACGCCGCGGCUUGAUGCACAGGGGUGCUCGCCGCGCCCCCAGUGCCGCCAUGGGGCCACUGCACAGGGGGGUUCGCCGCGCCCCCAGCGCCUUCUGGGGACCGCCGCAAGCACCCCGUCGCUGGCCGUGCUCGGGGGAACGCCGCGGCUGGUGGCCCCCCAGGCGGCGCAGCGCCUGGGCAGCCCUGUCGCGGGGGCGGCGCGCGCCUGCACGCAGCACCCCAGCGUGCUCGUCGCGGGGCUCGUGCCGAUGCCGGCCCGCCCCCGCGGGCCGCCGCAGCCCCUGCGGCCGCGGUCGCUCGUCCGCACGCCGGUGGCGGCGAGCCGUGUCGUGGCAUGCCAGCCGAUCCAGCACCUGGCCGUGCCAGGCGGACUGGCGCAGGCGCCGCUGGCGUGCGCGGCGCCCGCCGUCCCGCUGGCGGAGCCCUGCGCCUGCCGCGCUGGCGUGGAGCGGUGGCGCUCGCCGCCCCCGCCGGCGGUGCUUCGCCGCCCCGAGGCGGCCGCCGCGCGGGCCGGCGUCGUGCUUGUCGAGAGGGGGCGCUGGGUCGAGCAGGACGUGGUCCGGAUAAGCAAGGAGCUGUGCUGGGUGCCCGACGGCGCGGCGCACCUCGCGGGCCGCCCUCCCUGA